CGCGCUCCACAAACACAUAGACACGUCUUUACGGUGUUGGGAAAUUAUUGGUACGUGAGCAUGAUGCCCGGGGAUUGUCAAAAAGGAAUGAGAGGAUUGAUUAGAGUCGUCGAAAAUGCUGGUGCUGGUGCUGGUAAUGGUGCUGGCGCUGGUAAUGGUGCUGGUAUGGAGAAUGGCAUGGGCAACGGUAUGGGUAAUGGCAUGGGCAAUGGUAUGGAAAAUGGUAUGGGCAAUGGCAUGGGAAAUGGCAUGGGCAUGGGUAAUGGUAUGGAGAAUGGUAUGGGCAUGGGCAAUGGCAUGGGGUCUAAUGCUACAAACUCGUCACUUGGUAAUCCUGGUGCUGCUCCGUCUCCAACCUCUACUGUCAUUUGUCCAGCUGGAUAUAAACAAGCUCCACCUGGCUCUCCACCACCACCAGUCGAUCCAAAGCACGAUCCAAGUAUUCCAGCCGAGUGUGUCAAAUCAACUCCCUCCUCAUCAUCUAAGCUUGCUGUCAUAAAUCUCGCGAGCUUGAUGAAAAGUGUCGGUAUGUCAUUAUUGGCCACAUCCGUACUCUCAGUUAUUUUUGCAUAAGUUCAAGCUUCGACCAAAUAGUUUUGCAAUGUCUGCACUCAUACAAGUAUUUUUGUCGAUCUUUUCUAUUUAUUAUACUUCUAUUUACAGCCGUAUUCACGUAAAAUGAUACACUAAAUAAGCUAAAAUGCAUAAUAAACGGCCAGUUUCAUG